CGGGCGGGGAGGGAGAGGAUAAUAGUGCGUAUCGUGCGUGUGCUUUUCGUUUCUCGAGAGAGCCGAGAGCAAAGGGAAAACGUGUCUGGGUCGGUGCAACGAUGCAAGAAUAAAGAAACUCGAAGACGUGUUCGCGAGUUAUUUUCUCGUUUCCCCCUUGGAAAAGUGUCUCCCGUGAGAAGUUUUUCUAUCGCGAAAUGAGCGAAAGGUGCGCGAGAUCCACGCUGCUUCUCGGAGGUGAUGGUGAUUUCGUUUGAAAGGAAAAACUAGAACGAGAAAUGUGCGGUGGAACGUCGUUUUACGAUUGCGAUCGGUUGCUAUGAUCGAGCCGCGAAAGGUUAACGUCGAACGAUCAUGGUUUACCCGAGGCUGCACGUCGGGAGGAGUCUACGAUCGAACGCAAACACGAGAUAUCUCAACGUCCUGAUCGUGCCGCUCUUCCCGCUCUGGAUUAUCGGCGCGUUCUGCGUCAAAGAUGUACCCAUAUCGCACAUCGUGGCACUGGUCGGAGAUCCCACCUAUCUUCCCUGCGACAUAUCAACUACCCACGAAGGAGAUUCGGUACAUCUUGUGCUCUGGUAUCGCGAGGAUCUUGGAACAUCGGUUUACAGCGUCGACGCCAGAGAUCGAGACUUUGGUAUAGCCGAGAGAUGGUCGGACGACACGGUGUUCUCGAGUCGAGCUUACUUCAUGCCAGACAAGAAACCGGCCGAGCUGGGCGUGGAUCACAUAAGGGAGGAAGACGCUGGUAUUUAUCGGUGUCGGGUCGACUUCCAAAUCGGCCAAACGCGAAACUCCAAAGUCAAUUUAACGGUGAUAGUUCCACCUCACAGAAUCGUGAUCGUCGACGAAAGAGGCAUCGCUCGGGACAAGACGGCAGGACCCUACGCGGAUGGCGACUCCUUGCGGCUCUACUGUGACGUGUAUGGCGGCAAGCCGCCGCCCACUGUGACCUGGUACCGUAACAACAAUUUCAUGAAUAACAAAACGAUGAACGUACGUAGCGGCGUGACGCGCAGCGAGAUCGUGAUAAAAAAUUUGGGACGAGACGACGUUCUCUCGGAGCUGACCUGCAACGCGACGAAUAAUAACAGAUCGCUCCCGCUGUCCUCGACCAUUCGACUGGAUAUGAAUUUCAGCCCGCUGGAAGUGAAAAUAAGGGAUGCUAAUCAGCCUCUAUCGGCCGGCAAAAGGUACGAGCUCGUAUGCAGGACUUCCGGUUCGCGACCACCGGCGAUUGUGACCUGGUGGAGGAACGGUCAACGUUUAGUGGAUUCCAAGGAAACGACCUCGAGCGAUGGGAACACGACCAGCAGCGUCUUAUCUUUCAUGGCGACCAAAGCAGAUGCCGGUAGACACUUGUCAUGCCGAGCUGAAAAUUCGAUCAUGGGAAGCGCGCCGAUAGAGGACGACUGGAUACUCGAGAUACAAUACACGCCGGAGACGAAAAUACAACUGGGAACAUCCUUGGACCCUAGUACCAUUCGAGAAGGUAUGGACGUCUAUUUCGAUUGUCUGAUACAAGCCGAGCCGCCGGUUACCAAAGUCGAGUGGCGUCAUCAGGGCAAGGCACUUUAUCACAACGUAACGCAAGGUAUUAUAAUCAGUAAUCAGAGUUUGGUACUCCAAGGAGUCGACCGCAAGAGCGCUGGCAAUUACACGUGCGUGGGAUACAACGUCGAGGGCGACGGGGAGAGCUCGCCUUUCUAUUUGAACGUCAUGUUUGCUCCAACUUGCAAGCCGAACCAAACAAAGUUCCACGGUGUUGCUAAACAAGAAAAGGCCAACAUAUCCUGUCAAGUGGAAGCGAAUCCCGCGGAAGUACAGUUCCGGUGGACGUUCAACAAUUCUGCGGAGAGUAUCGACGUUGCCGCGGGUCAUAUCGCCAGAGCAGGCACAUCCUCGAUCGUUUCGUACACGCCAAUGACGGAAUUGGAUUACGGAACGUUGCUAUGUUGGGCCACGAAUCGUAUAGGGCAUCAACAAGUGCCUUGCGUCUAUCACAUUAUACCCGCCGGUCGUCCGGAUAUGGUACACAAUUGUACUACCUCUAACACAUCGACCAACUCGUUUUCGGUGCGAUGCACCGAGGGCUUCAACGGCGGCUUACCGCAAUCCUUUCUUCUCGAGGUGAGGGAGAGCAACAGCCAGGAAUUGCGUGCAAAUUUAACGUCGCCGGUGCCGCGUUUCAGCGUCGCUCAACUCGAGUCCGGUGCUCUUUAUCAGGCAUGCAUUUACGCGUACAACGAUAAAGGACGCAGCGAGGCAAUGGUCGUGCAAGCAGGAACGUUGAGGCUCCCUGAAAAACAAUUAACAUCCGAGUCAGAAAGGCCACGGCAAAACGUUAGAUUAACACCGAUGUUCAGUGUCAUGAUCGGCGUGGUAACGGCCUUGAUAAUCGUCGCGGUAAUAGUCAUGAUCGUUUUGAGGAUCCAACACACGAACGUCGAGGAACGUGGCAAGUCGCAAAUGGAGGAACAUGGGAAGCAAACGAAAUCGGUCCCGAUACAGCGCGAACUGAGAUUCCGCGAAGGUAGCAGCCUUCUCAACGACGAAAAGCAUCCAGGUAGUCCAUUCAGGAAAUUGGAAACAAGCGGUGACUUGAGUGAGAGCGACGAGAAGAAUCCGGACAUCAUACCUCAACAAAUUACCGGAGACGAGCCCUCGGAAUACUUGAGAAAAAGACGAUUGGUAUCGACGAUAGAAACCUCUCCGUCUAGAAGUCUCUUGGAACACUCUACCAUCACUUCUUUAACCGGGCACGGCAGCUACGUUGGCUACUGCACCAUUCGCAACGGGAUGCCCCUGCACGAAUUUUCAAAUUUAUCUACCAAACACAAAAGUUUUCAGCCCAUCAUCGGGAGCGUGUACGACGAUGGAGUGUGCACCCUACCGAGACAGCACUGGCCGACUCAGAACGUUCAAUCGAUGACGAUGAGUCCACCGAUGUUGUACGCAGGGUUAGGAGUCGUCGGCAGGACCUGUCCAAGUACAUGCACGCUCUUGUCGAAGGACAUCGAAACGAGAGUUCCUGCUCAAUGCUGCGUCCAAUCGCAGAAAGAGGCGACCGUGACUACGCCCGUUGUGAUGGCCAAAAGAGAAAGCUCGGUGUGACGCUGUAAUUGACGAAUCCUUGAGAACUACACCAUGUAUUAGAAAAGAAAAAAAGGAGAUUCAUUGUUAAUUAUCUUAUCGCUUGCGAAAGAAGUACGAAAGAGAGAGAAAACGUAUGUGACGCACGCCGUAUGUGAGUUCAACAACACAAGCCUCUUUUAUUUUAACAAAUUUAUUUCCUACCCCAUAAAUGAUAUCGUCAUUUUACGAACUUAUGUUGAAUCAAGUGCCCUUUUUAUAUUAAAGGAAGACUUUGAAACUGAUACUGCGUCGAUGAAUGUGUAUGGACGUGAAUCGAGAGAGAGAGAGAGAGAGAGCGAACGAGCCGUGUGUACGAACGCGUGACAUUUAGUACGAAUGCCUACACAUACACGUGUGUAGUACGUGCAUGCGUGUGCUUGUACAUAUAUAAAUAUACAUAUGUACAGUUGAGAAUGAGAAAGUGUGUAUAUAUACAGGCACACGCAUGUACUCCAUGCAUACACUUGAGAAUACACAAAGGAACACAGACACACAGCGUCGCGUAAUUUAUGUACUGUACAUACCUUUGGAACAUGGAAGAUAUUUUAUACAAAUCAAUAGCAUAAAGUUUAUUCAACUUUUACUACGGUACACACUGUACAAUUUGUCUAGUCGAUGUAAGUAAAAAAUACGUAGACGAAAUUCAAAAGUCGAUCGUGCAACCAGAAUAACGUAUACUGAAAAGGGUUAAUUCGUUGGUGCGAUAUCGUGUGAAAAAUCGAUCGCACGGCGCGGCGUGCCGGAGCCGGCUAAAGUUAAAAACGUAGACUGCUGGGAAAGGGGAACGAAAGCGAGGAAACGCGAUAGAAACAUAUCGUUUGGUUUUUCACCACGAAAACCGAACAAAACGUUUGAAGAGGGGGUAGGGGGGAGAGAGAGAGAGAGAGAGUGUGUGUGUGUGUGUGUGUAAAGGAAUAACGCGUUCGAACAAAAAAAAAAAAAAAAAAAAAAAAGAAAAAGGGGAAAAAAAGAAAAAAAAGGAAAAAAGAAAACGAACGACGACGUUGACGACGACGAAAACAGUCAAAGCAAGUCCCCUGGUUUCUUUCAGUCUACAAUAUUCUGGAUUUUAUUGUAACGUUAACUAUCUGUAUGAUAAUGUCUUUAAAAGAAAAUAACAUUUCCCCCGUUUUGCGAGUAACCGUACUAACGACACACAAAUAUGAGCGUUGUUUUAUAAAGAAGGGGAAAAAAAAGAAGAAUGAAUCUUUAUCUUAACUCUUCAAAUUAGAUGAAUGCCGAUUUAAUUAAGUUAAGUCUGUCACUCGUGGUACGUAAUUGCGAUAGUCCUAAAAAUUACUGCCUGUUUCGAUGCUUAAGAAAAUCUUGUUGGAAAUCUAAUGUAUCACCGGAGGUCACAUUUCUCGUUGCCUCUCCCAUGUAUUAUAACUGAACGUAUCGUUAAUCGUUAUAAGGACGAAUAUGCCCGGCCGUGCGAAUACACACCCUCUGCGUCACGCGACGAGGAGGGCUGUCGCGUUUCAGCCGCGUUUCAACCGUGGUUCCUUCCUGUAGAUCUGCAAAUUUGUAUAAAAGAGCAAAAUGUGCGAGUGUAUGGCUUUCGUCGAUUAUCGAUUUCGUUACCGGCGCCGGCGAUACGACGACGGUACGUUACCUAUGUUCUAACGUAGAAAGAAAAUAAAUCGAUUUCCAUUUCCGCGAUUUAAGAUUAAGGGGAUGCAUAGAAAGUGGAUGACAUUUUGCUUCGUCUUGUAAAUACCAACUUUGAAGCGAGUAACAGAAAAAUAUUUGAAGCAGUGAAAAGGAUAAAAAAGAAAGAGGGGAGAGAGAAAAGUUGAAGCUGAAAGGUCCGAAUAAAGUUUAUACGGCGUUUAGGUACAUAGCUGAGAAAGCGUCUGUCUUUCCGCCAGAGUCAUUUGUUAAUAAAAUAACGUCGAAACUGAACUUUUCUCUAAACUUCUACGUGAAUGUGUUCUUUCGAUCGCUAGACAUUAAGUUAUAUCUCUGAGAAAUCUGACUAUAUAAUGUUUACUAAAUGAAUUGUUAAUUAUUAUUGCCAUUGAUGGAAUUGAUGUUGGUACAUAAUCGAAUGUACUAUCGACAUAUGUACACGUUAGUGAUUGAUAAAUUGGAAAAUGCGUAAUUUAUCCUUGUAAGAAAUUUUACACGAAAUCAAAGAAAACACACAGAGAUACGCACCAAAUAAAAGGACGAACUUUGUUCGUCCUUUCGCAUGUUCGAGUUCGGUCGUAAAUGUUGACGAUACGAUGAAUAAUAACUCUGAUCGUUUAUUUUCAACUCGUAAAUGUUAACGCAAAAAAUUUCACAAGGCUCGAAAAGUCUCCUACUUAGGUUUCUCGUCGUGAUAUAACUAACAUAAUAGAAAAUAAAACACGUUCGAUGAUAUCGUCAAAUUGAACAUUACGCAAGUCUAUGUUUUCUUCCUCAUUGGAUCUUCGCCUUUUUCUCGAUCGACGCAUUUCUCCAACGCGCCAUAACGAGGCAUAUUGUCCGACGUAGCUGGCCAAAUUGUAUCUGUAAAAUGAUCGUAUCAAUGAUUGACAAACGUGUCUCACCUUGCCAUUUCAUGGAUAUCCACUUAAACCAAUGCCUAUCGGAAUGGCUAAAAGAAUGCUCGCGUAUAGAAUUCGGCCGACCGAAUUAUACGGAUAUAACAAUCGUAAUGUAUAACAUCGGCUACGAGGGCCAAUCAAGUUCUGUAGAAUAUACCGUUUGAAGAAUUGAGAUCUAGCGUAACGCAAUGAAAUCAUUUGAAUUUGUGAGCGCAACUUUCUAACUGAAAACGUAAGGCACUAUUAUCCGUGUCAGUCUCGUUCAUUAGAUUCUAUUAAUACGUCAAAAGAGAUGAUAAUUAGGUCGGUUUGUAUAAGUUAUUGAAUUUCCAUCAGCACUUCUGAAAGAGACAUAGCAGGGCCAUAAGUAUACGCGAUAUGUAUGAAAGUUUCGUUUCGGAUAGGAGCCGGCAUCGCUGACAUACAAUUGUACUUUUGCUGGAAAUACAAUACCUUGGAAAAUGUUCAGACUUCUUAGGAAAAUAAUUUACAUGCUUAACGGUAUAAAGAGAAUAUAGAUACGCGUGUUCUAUAUUUAUGCUCUUAGCAAGAACGAAAAAUUUAUGAGGUAUCGUGUAUCCGCUCGUAAGAUACAACCCAGACCUUCUUCCGUCGCGAUAAAUUACACAUAAAGUAGUACUUAUUCUCUCAGACAUUCUUCCUGAUACCAAAGUAUUGAAAUGAGAAAAAAGAAAUAUUUUAAAAAAGCAAGAAAAAAAAAAAAAAAAAAGAAAAAAUCAACGGAGGAUAAGUAUUGCGUAAGUUUAUCAAAUGAACGUACGUGACGGCUAGAACGUGCCGAGACGCGAGUCCAAAUGCUUUUCCUUUUUUCUCCUAUCGCGAACGAUAGCAAGUUCGAACGACGUAGUGGCACGACCACCAGACACGAAUCAUAUUUCUCGCAUAUACUGUACGAUUCGUGGAUUAAUUCGAUAUGAUUGAAAUGAAAGGAUUCGUUAGAAUAAGAAUAUCGUCGAGGCACCGACUGCUCGAACCGUACUGCCUGACCGGGGCUGCUUUCUGCCAGAAACACUGACAUUUGUAUGUAUAUGUACUUAUCGUUAGUUUAGUAUCAUCUUUGUGUAUCCUCGUAAAAAGAAGAGAAAGAAAAAAAAAAGAAAAAAAAAAAAAGAAAAGAAGAAAAAAAGAUCGUUUUUUUUGAUAUUGUAAAUAUUCUCUAAUAAAUAAUCGUUUUUAUUCAAG